AUGGCGGCGACCAUGACGACAACAUCGACAUCCUCCCCCCGAGCACGAUGGAAACACCUCGACAAGAUCCUCACCCGAGCCGGUGCCUUUACCGACCCGGAGGCCUUCACGCCGGGAGAGKAGGCGAUCAACGCUCUGGCGGCCAUUCGCGUGCUGGUCAUUGGUGCAGGCGGAUUGGGUUGUGAAAUCCUCAAAAACCUGGCCCUUUCAGGCUUCAAGUCGAUUGACGUGAUUGACAUGGACACCAUCGACGUCUCCAACCUCAAUCGCCAGUUUCUCUUCCGCCAGAGCGAUGUCGGCAAGCCCAAGGCCUCCGUCGCCGCCGAAUUCGUGAUGAAACGCGUGCCGGGCUGUCAGAUCAAUGCGUAUGUCGGCAAGAUUCAAGACAAGGAUGAGGAUUACUACAUGCAAUUCAAUCUGGUCGUGUGUGGAUUGGACUCGAUCGAGGCCCGCCGCUGGAUCAACGCCAUGUUGGUCGGGAUGGUCGACGACGAGAAUCCUGACUCGCUCAAACCGUUGAUUGAUGGAGGCACAGAGGGCUUCAAAGGUCAGAGCCGAGUUAUCUUCCCCACCAUGUCCUCGUGUAUUGAAUGCCAACUCGACAUGCACGCUCCCCGUGCUGCCGUCCCUCUCUGCACUCUCGCCACCAUUCCACGCCAGCCGCAACACUGCAUCGAAUGGGCGCACAUCAUCAAGUGGGAGGAAGAUCGCAAAGAAGUCGUCCUCGACACCGACGAUCCCGAACACAUCACCUGGCUCUACCAAACCGCUCUCGAACGAGCCCAGGAAUUCAACAUCCAAGGCGUCACCUACAGCAUGACCCAAGGUGUCGUCAAGAACAUCAUCCCAGCCAUUGCCUCGACAAACGCCAUCGUUGCCGCUUCCUCGUGCAAUGAGGCUUUCAAGAUUGCCACUCAAUCCGCACCUUUCCUCGCAAAUCCCUCUUGGAUGCCCGACGACGUUGAUCCGGAAACCUACGACCCGGAAGACGAAUUCUCACCCGCCCCGAACAACUACAUGCUCUACACCGGCGACAACAGUGUCUACACUUACACCUUUGGCCACAAGCGGAAGCCCGACUGUCCGGUGUGUGGAAACCUGCCCAAAGACCUCUCAAUCCCUGCAGAUUCCACACUAGGAGAGUUGGUGGAGAGCUUUGCUGAGAGACCCGAGGCUCAACUGAAGAAGCCGAAUCUGCGAACGGGUGAAAAGUCACUGUUCUACUCCACGCCUGAAGGACUUCGAAUACAGACUGAGCCGAACCUCAAGAGAAAGCUGAGUGAAUUACUGGAGGAUGGGGAGGAGGUCGCUGUAAGUGAUCCGGCCUUUCAGAUCGCUUUUCGCUACAAGAUUCGAUUCUCGUGA